AUGCCUAAGCUAUCGAAAAACUGGACGCCACUACCUGAGGGGUGGCUGAAGCUGAACGUCGACGACUCUUUUUGCGAGCAUUCGAGCAUCGCUGCUCCACCUCCCCUCCACCGCGCCGGGCAUGUCUGCCCCGCCGACGGCGUCCCGCCGCCGCCACGUGUCCCCGCCGCCGCCGUUCCCACCGCGCGCUGCCGCGGGCCCGCUCGGCCCAGGCGCGGCCCGCCCGAGCCCAUCGGGGCCCGAGCCGCCCCAAGCGCGCCGCCGCUCGCCUCCAAGCUCUCGUCGGAGCUUCGCCGCCCGCUCGCCGGCCUCCCGCACCGCCAGGCUCCCUUUGCCGCCGCUGGCGCGCCCCGCCCCGCCGUCGACCACCGCCGCCCGACCUCACCUCGCCACCGCCGCCGGGCUCCGCCCCGCGCCCCGCCGGCGUCCCGCCCCAUGCCGGCCGCCGCCUCCUCCUCGCCGGUGCGCGUCACCGCAUUCCGCGCCGGCCGCCGCCCGGACCUCGCCUCCCCUCGCGCCGCCAUGCCCCGCUCAUCACCGGUGCUCCUCCGGUGA